AUGGAAUUUAAUGAAUGGCUGAAACAGGGAUUUCGUCAAAAUGAUGAACAUUGGGUUGCUGCUGUUAUACAGCACUUUGAGUGGUUGGAGGCGCAGGAACGACGAGGAGUGAUAAUUGAUGAUCAGCCAAGGGAUGUUAGAUGGGAAGCACCACCGCAAGGAGUUAUAAAGCUAAAUGUUGAUGCUGGUUGGACUGGAAGUAGUUCUACUGGUUUUGGUCUGGUUGCUAGAUCAGGAAGAGGUGAGUUUAUGACGGCAGCUACAAAAUUGGAACAUAAUCGACUGGACUCUCUCUUGGCUGAAGCUUAUGCGGUUCGCUGGGGUCUUCAAAUGGCUGCUGAAAUGGAAAUGGAAAAUGUGGUGAUAGAAUCUGAUUCAUUACCGAUAGCCAAUGGAGUGGCACAUGAAUUGGCUGCUAUAGCUUGUGAUUUUCCUUUUCAUGUUUGGUGGCAUGAUCCUCCACCUGUGGUUGCACAUGCCUUGUUUGUAGAUGCUACUUUCUUGGAUUAA